AUGUCCCACGGAAAGCAGUUCACAUUGUACACCCAUAAGAGUGGUCCGAACGGAUGGAAGGUGGCAUUGGUGUUGGAAGAGCUCGGCCUGACAUACGAGUCCAUCUACUUCGACUUCAAGAAAGGAGAGCACAAGGCUCCUGAAUACACGAAACACAACCCGAACGGGCGUAUCCCGACCAUCAUCGACCACAAGAACAACGACUACAUCUUGUGGGAGUCGGAUGCAAUCCUGCUGUAUCUCGUUGAGCUCUACGACUCCGAACACAAGAUCUCUGUCGCCGACGUGGGCGAGAAGUUUCAGCAGCUCCAGUGGCUGUUCUUCCAGGCCUCGGGCCAGGGCCCGUACUUUGGCCAGGCGGCGUGGUUUCUCUACGCCCAUAGCGAGCAGCUGCCCACUGCGCAGGAGCGUUACAGGAACGAGAUAAAGCGUGUGCUCGGCGUGCUCGAGAGCGUGCUUUCGAAGCAGGAGUGGCUGGUUGGCGGGAAGGCGACGAUCGCAGACUUGUCCUUCAUCCUCUGGAACGACAUCGCGAUCCCCGCAUUCGUCGAGUUCGACUUUGCGACCGAGUUCCCGGCUACCGCCGCUUGGAACAGUAAGCUUUGCGAGCGGACGUCUGUAAAGACAAUCUUUGGGGCGCGUGCAGCCAUAAACGCGGCAUAAAUAUUGAUAUUGAACUCGCGGCAUGUAUCAUUAGUCUAAGGACAAGCAUCUGAGAAUUCACGAGUUAGCAACCGUUGCAAAGAAC